AUGUUGAUGGCCAAACUCAGGCAGUACAUAAGGCUAGAGCCCAUAUUUUUGGGGGUGUUCGUGGUAUCCAUGGUCUUGUUGUUUUCGCAACUCUUGAAAUAUGAUGACGGCACCAUAAUCGAUACGUUGGCCAAAGCCCAGGCAGUUGUUCUGCCUUCAAAACUGAUUCUAGGUGUGGGCAGUGGCUCAUUCGUUGAAGGUGACGAGCUGCCGUGGACCGGCAAGAUUUUGUUGCCUGCUGGCUACGCUUUUGACGAGAGUACCAUCCGGUCCCAUCUUGAAGGCACUAAAAGUGCUGAUUGGCCCAUUCUUCAGAUACCAGAGAAAGAUAUCGUUGUUGGGCCAGUGCUUCAGCUGUCAGCAUUUGCAAAUCAUGAGUCUAUUCCCCUUUUCCAUUCCGGAAAAGAGGCUGGGGAGGAUAACUGUGAUGAAGAGCUCUUCUUGGAAAUGGACAAGUUAAAGGUCGACGAAAGAGUAACAAUUCCAGGAAACUUUGAGCACAUUCUAAAGAUAUUGAUUGAGGAGUUGGAUGAAUACAAAGACCCGUAUUAUGAAGAGACGAGUCCCCUCUUUCUUACGCACUUAAGAACUCAGCUAAAGACUGGAAUGACGAAUCACUUCUGGUUCAGACUCUCUGGAUCAUCGGUAUGGCUCAAGGACCAUUCGGUACAUCUUGUCAUAUCUCGUUUCCUUUUUUCCGCUUCGAGAUCCAGAGAUGGACCAAAAGCCAGUUUUGUGUUAGCUCAGGUGUUCGAUAAGGAGUGGCGUGAACUUAAGGACGUCCGUCUUGUAUUCCCAACCAACAACUUGGGAGAAGGCUCACCAACUUUCAAGGUAGGAGAGCAGGAUUUCUAUUCUUACAGGUUCCCACGUAUCUUGCCUGUCCCAUUUCAUCAUGAUAAAGGUAGGACAGGAAACCGGUACUACGGUCCGGAAGAUCCAAGAGUGGUGAUCGUGAAGAACAAAAACGGCUACGAAGAGCCAGUGGUGAUCGUCAACGCUAAACAUCAUAAGAUUGUGAAGGAGGAUGAUGAAGACAAGGAUAAGGAAUUCCGGUCCAUUUUUACCUGCUUCCCAUUUCAGAUAAAGAGAGGUAAGGAGCAUGUGAAUGCCAAACUCGAGAAGGCUACGGAUAAUAUUGUCUACACUAAUAUUGUGGAAAUGAACAUUUUGCAUAGGAAGAAACUGGGCACGAGCAAAAACUGGUCACCUUUUGUCAGUGAGAAUUUGAGAGUGGUGGAUGGCCAUGACAAGUACUUAUACUUCGCUACCCAGCUUGAAAACUUAGAAAUUCUCCAAUGUGAUAUAACAGAUGGUUUGGGAGAAUGUGAAUGUGUCUACAAAAAUGAUGGAGGCAUUGGUCCUAUGCGUGGAGGAUCACCAUUAUUGAAUGUUAAUACCUUGUUAAAAGAGCAGACGAAAUUUCCUCUCAGUAUGUUGCUUCCUCCUGGGAGAGAAGUUUUUGUCGCAUUUGCUCGUGCCCACUUGAACAAUUGUGGAUGUGGUUCCAAAUUCUACAGACCUAACUUAAUGGUAUUGACUAAAGAUCAGUCAACUUAUAUGACUACUGGUGAAGACGGAACGAUUACAGAAGCAACAAAGACUUUCUUCAAGGUAUCCCAUAUUUCGGGUUUCUUUUCUUUGCAUGUCCCCAUCGAUCCGUGGUAUUUAGAUCGACCAUAUGGAAUGUGUGAAGGAGUCAAUGCUGUUAUUCCAAACGGUAUCUCUGCAUGGAAUAUCGACUCGCUUGAAGUUUCUGAAGGUCAUUGGAAAGCAGACGACAAAUUGACCCUCGCCUUCUCAGUUUCUGAUUUCAGUGUUGACCGAAUUAAUUUGCAAGGAAUACUCGAUGCGCUUCUCAAUGCUGAUGACGGAACAUUGUUCUUACAACCCCCGGUGGCAGGUCCUAGCCAGCAGACCAUUCAGUCCUUCAUUUCCCAGCCAAUGGUAGAUAAUUUCGGACAUCUCAUUGCAGGAGAUGUCGGGUUUAACGGUCGCAAUGUGAAAUGUGCCAUCGAAAAGUGUUACGGGUUCUGUGCCAGGUUUGGAGAGGAAGCCGAGGCAUUGGCAGACGAACACAAGAACAAGGAUAAUAGCGAAGCCAAAAAGGAGUUUAACAGGAAGUUGAAGGAGUUCGAAGAGGCAUUAAGAGAGGAGGAAAGAAAACAGAAACAGAAUGAGGAGAACUAG